UCUUCUGACAUCAAAGACUGGAAAAGAUGAAGAGCACAAGCAAAAAUCACUGACUAAACCUGAUAAAGUUCAAGCUAUCUUAAAGGGCAUCAAACAGAGUCCUAAGAAGGUUAACUUGGUUGCUGCACUGGUACGUGGUAUGCGUGUUGAAGAUGCAUUGUUGCAGUUGCAAGUGACAGUAAAGCGAGCUUCCAAAACUGUGUACCAGGUCAUUCACUCAGCCCGAGCAAAUGCUACUCAUAAUCAUGGGUUGGAUCCAGACCGUCUCCUUGUUGCUGAGGCAUUUGUUGGAAAGGGAUACUUCAAAAAGAGACUGUCCUACCAUGCUAAAGGCAAAUGUGGAGUUAAAGUGAGACCAGAAUGCCGACUGACAGUGGUAGUAAGGGAGAUCACCCCUGACGAGGAGGCAGAGAUAGCCAAACUGAAAGUUAAGAAUUUCGUGAAGCUCACAAAGCGCGAAAGAAGGCUUGUUCCUCACCAGCUUAUUGAGACAACUCCAAUUUGGAACCGCAAAGGCAAAGCCCGUGAGCGUGAACGAAAUGGUGCAGCUGCAUGAGCAAGCUUCCUUCCCAUGCUUUCAUAUUCUAAAAGAAAGUUUUGAGACUCCUCCUGUGUCCUUGAAUUUUGAUAAUGUUCCAAGUGUGAAUGAUGAAGUGCCAGAGUAGGAAGAGCAACCUUGUCACAGUUUCUGGUAGUGGCUGCAUGCAGUUUUAAAUGUGUUUUUUUAGCCAUUAUAGUUUUGAACGCUUGAUAUGUUGAGUAUCGUCAUAGUCCCUUCUUAGUUGGCUUCAUUUGAGAUAAUAAAUUAUUACCCUUUCCCCUUCUUCCUU